GAAAUUUAUUAUUUCUAUAUUUUCUUUUUACCUGAUAACUACUCAUUUCAGCUGAGAACUUGGUUUGAGGAAACAUCAUGGAUACAAAAGAUGAGGUUAUCAAAAAAGCUGUUUCAGGUCUGCUUGAAAAACAUCACCUUCAAGAUUCAAUAGGAAGUAUAGAUGAUGUUGUAUUGAGUUAUGUGUUAAGUAUAAUAGAAGACCUAGGAGAUACUAAUAAUCCAGAAGAAAAUAUAGAUGUUGAUCAAUUUAUUGAAAUGAUGUCAGCCUAUAUUCCUGGAUUUUCACAAAUACCAAGUAUGGAAAUAUAUGACUGGAUGUUUGAUAUUGCUUCACAAUUAUCCAAGACUACUACAGAAUCCUCAACUAACAUUUCAAAACCAGAUAAAGAGGAAGUUGUAAGAUCACAGUUAAAUGGUACAUGUAAUGGUAAAAAGUCACGACAGAGAUCACGGAAAAUGAGUCAAUCUUCAUGUGAUUCUAAUUCUUCUACAGAUAAACAUAAUGAAAAGAGAGAUGGUGGAGAGAUUAAGUUAUUAUUAGAAAUGUUCCCAGCAUCAUGUACUAUAGAAAUAAAACAUUGUUUAAAACAUUGUAAUGGUGACCUAGAAGAAACAGCACAGCUUAUUCUACAACGACAAGAGUCUGCAAUAAGUUUAAAACCGAAACAAACAGAAAGUCAGCAUAGAAAAAGUGAGUUAAAAGGUUGUGGUUUGAAACCAGAUAAAUCAAUGAAAGAUCAUGUUGUUGCCAAAUAUAGUUUUGUUGAUACAGAGGAUGAUGGUAAAACUCACAGACCUCCCCCACUAAAACAAGAACCAAAGAAAUUAAUUCGUUAUUUAGAUGGCAAGGUAGUGAAUACUAAAGGCCAGAAGUAUACAGAAAUUACAAAACCAGAAGAUGAAGAGAUGAAAAAAACUUAUGUGUCAUUAAAACCUGCAAAACAAUAUCGAUUUCAUUGACAUUAAGUUAUAUUCUAUUUGAUUUCAUUUACAUUUUGUUACCUAUUAUUUGAUUUCAUUUACAUUUAGUUUUAUUGAUAUUUAGUUAAAUAUUAUUAUUUUAUUGACAUUUAGUUACAUAUUAUUAUUUCAUUUGACAUUAGUUCUAUAUCAUUUCAUUUGACGCUUAGUUACAUAUCAUUUUAUUUCAUUUGACUAAACAUAUCAUUUUAUUGACAUUAACUGUUAUGUAUUAUUUAAUUUCAUUCACAUUAAGUUACACAUUAUUUCACUGACAUUUAGCUACAUAAUUGUUUUCAUUCACAUUAAGUUACUUUAACUUUUUAAAGAUACAUAUUAUUUGUUUUCAUUGAUAUUAUUUGCAUAUUAUUUUAUCAAUUGACAUUCACAUUUAGUUAGAUAUCAUUUUAUUUCUCACUGACAUUUAAUUAAAGAUCACUUUGAUUAUCUUCUAUAUAAAGUUGUAAAACACCACUGAUUUUCCACAUACUGUGUGAUAUUAUGGGAUACUUGUGUGCAAUAUGAAGGAGUGAAUCAUCUAUUCGAGUCUGAAAAUUUUCACAAAAUCUCUUACCCUCUGGCGAAGUCAGUAAUUUGGGUUUUUGUCGAACACUUUGUAACAUACAGUGAAUGAUGUAAAACAUAUUUUC